AUGCAGGGCUACUCUGGAAAUCACAACAGCUACCAUCAGUUCAGGGCUCUCAUGGGCCGGAGUGCAGCAUCCGGUGUCAACCUCAACACGAUCAACAUCCUUGUUCAAGCUCGGUAUGAAGUUCCUGGAAAGAACGACGGAGAACAGUUCAAGCUCAUUAGCAAAGGCCUCCUCGUACCAGCUUCAGUGACUGCCAGCACACUUGUUGAAUUGACGAUUUCGAUGAUCUUACCCUUGCUCAUCAAAGUGGCUGCACCAUUCGCAUUUGAUCAAUCCAGACUGAUCGUUCGAGAUAUGUCGUGGGUAAACCUCCAACAGGAGCCUGCUGAAUCUCGUGUAUUGGAGCAUCUCUGCUACAAGUCGUCGAGAGCAAAGGGGAAGGAGCUAUCCCUGAACUUUACCAAGCCCCGGAAGGCGCCUCUCAUCGCACUUGUUAUCCCGUAUGAUGAAUACGAGCAUUAUGAGACUUGGCUCAAUAAGGCGACACACAAAUUCACCAUUUUGUACCGAUUCCCAUCGUCAUCUGGGAGUCCGUCUCCUCCCCCCCUCAUACCAUCGUCGCCCGAUCUGGCGCAUCAAAACCAACCUGAGCCCUUCGAUCCCUUACUCGCCCUCCCGGCGCCUGAAGACGAGAUUCCUGACCUCGACGAAUUGCCCUCCGAACAACCACCCUCGCCCCCACCUACCGCACCUGCUCCUACCAUGUCAGGUCAUCACCGCAUCACCCUCGCCGCCAACCCCCCCUACUUCGAUGGGGACAAAACCAAGUACAUGGGCUUUGUGGACUCAUGCACCACCUACAUUGGUGCAUACCGGUCGGAAUUCUCGCAGGAUGAGACGAAAAUCCUGUUCAUCCUCUCCUACCUCCGCAACGAGGCUGGCACAAGCUGCGCCGCCUCAAGAUGGGCAAUGAACUGGAAACAGCGCAACUUUGAGAGCCUUAAUGGGAUAAAGGCUGGGGUCACCUCGGCAACCUUCUUGGAGGAGCUUCAGAGGGCCUUCGGGGAUUCUAACGCGGAGCAAGUCGCCGCCGCUCGACUCAUGGCCCUGCGCCAGAACAAACGAUCCUUUGCGGAUUAUAUCUCCGACUUCGAGAUGCUGGCUUUGGAUGCGGGGUACAAUGUGGACACCGCCACCGACAACAAGGGCGAGUAUAAGAAGGGGGAUCAAGAUAAUAUCCUCAUCGAGUUCCUCGAGCGCGGGCUCAGUAGCGAGAUCGCCAGUCGCCUCUAUAACACUGGUGUCCCCCUGCCCAAGGUGUAUGGCGCCUUCAAGGACUGGUGUGUCAACAUUGAGGCAAACGCUCUUCGUGACCAGCUGCGCAAGGCAUCGUACGGGCACCCCCCGCAACGACCACCUCCCCAAUUCCGCCCUCAGGCUGCUCCAACAACGCCUGCACCCGCUCCGGCCCGACCCGCUGCCAACGAACCAGUUCCGAUGGAAAUCGAUCGCACCCACACCCGUAGCCGCAAUAUCAUCUGCUACAACUGUCAACAGCCCGGGCACAUUGCGCGGAACUGUCCGGAGCCAAGGAAGAAGCGCACAUUCUUUAAUCGGGCCACGAUGCUGGAAGAGAUCGAGAACGGGGACAAGGACAACGAGUUCCUCAAGGAGAUCGCUGAGAAGCUGCGCAAGAAGGGUUUUUGA